CCGUGUCCGUUCGCUGUCGAUUUACACACAUUCGGGUAGAUGUGGUCCGAUGACGACGACGAAGAAAACGACAAAAAAAAACAAUAAUAAACAAUGUCAACGGGGUGCGCGUAUAAUAAAAAUAUAUCAUAGUGUUGUGUGCGAUCCGCCCGUGUCCGGUAUUAAACUUCGAUAAUGUUUAUUGUACUAAACUAUAACCUAUAAUCUAUAUCGAAACAGAAUAUAAUAAUUUUAUAGUGUUCUGUAGUUAUUGUUUACAACGCCCGUCGACGCCGAGAGCCGUGCGAGGAGGAAUUAGUGCGCUUCAAAGGACCUGAGAUGGGAGACGCCAAGUACGAUAAUCACGAAAACAGACUGAUGUUCAGUUUACAGCAAAUGAUGAAUUCUGAACAUUUCGCAGACGUCGUUAUAUGCUGCGCCGACGGAUAUAAAUUAAAAGCCCACAAAGUCGUACUAGCGUACUGCAGUUCGUAUUUGCAAACACUGUUCCUCAGCCAUCCUGGACCGGACGACAGCGUUACGAUCAUCCUACAGGACGUUGGGCACGAGGACGUGGGCCGCGUCCUGGAGUUCGUAUACACGGGUGCGGCCGUCGUCCCGGGACACAGGAUGGACGGUUUCGUUACGGCCGCUGGAGCCCUGGGAAUCGGGCCGCUCUUGGACCCUCGGCGGCAUUUGGAAAUGUCCUCGGUCCAGCCACCGGCUUCCCAUUGCCACCCGUGUUCUCCAACCACAGUUGUAAACGAUCCUACACCGCUGACGACAACGCCGCCGCAGCAACAGCAUCCUUAUUGUAGGGUCCGUCAGCCGCCCAGGACCACAGGCAUUCUGACGCCGUCGCCAUGGACCCAGAAUUCCCGUCCACCGUGCGCCACUCCCAGAUACUCGGCUCCAAAGACCGUGCAACCUGACUCCCUAGUGAUUCCGGUGCACCCUCCGACAGCAAAUUCGAUUCAGGUUACGGAAAUCCAAAGAGGACCGCUUCCUAUUCCGCUGCCACCGACGCCACCGGAAGAGCCUACGAUUGUUUCGAUACCACCGUCACCGUCAACCGACAGUGACAGAGACACGAACCAAAAACUAAAAGUUACCAGUGAUGCUAACAAUAAUGGGAUCCCGGAAAAAGACCGAAAUGCGAAUCAAACAAAAAGUCAUAUUUGUCAAGAAUGUGGAAAAACUUUCGUAACCAAAGCAUCUCUUAAGAUCCACCAGAGGACCCACACGGGCGAAAAACCGUUUGUGUGCGAGUCGUGCGGCAAGCAGUUCAGCCAACUACGCAACUACAAAUAUCACAGGUCCGUACACGAGGGCACCAGAGAGUUCUCUGGCAGUUGCCCGGAGUGCGGUAAGCUAUUCAACGACCGCGGUUACCUGAGCUCGCACAUGAAGAUCCACCGGAACCGAAAGGAGUACGAGUGCGAGUACUGCACGAAGAGCUUUAACCAGCGGGUGGCGUACAACAUGCACGUGCGCAUACACACGGGCGAGAAGCCGCACAGUUGCCACCACUGCGGAAAAUCGUUCACCAGGAAAAUGUUGCUCAAACAGCACCUGCGCAUACACACCGGCGAGAAGCCGUUCUCGUGCGCCGUUUGCCACAAGCCGUUCGCCGACCGGUCCAACAUGACGCUGCACAUGCGCCUGCACUCGGGCGUCAAGCCGUACGCGUGCGCCGUGUGCGCCAAGUCGUUCACCAAAAAGCACCACUUGAAGACGCACAUGAACUACCACACGGGUGUCAAGCCGUACUCGUGCGACAAGUGCGGGUUGAGCUUCAGCCAGAGCAGCAACAUGAGGACACACUUGAAAAAAUGCAAUGCUAUAGCGACACCGCAGCCGACGCCACCACCACCACCACCGCUGCAAGCCGCCGUCGCAGUGGUAUCACCGGCCGCGCAACACGUCUGAACGAGUACCUACGGCCACUGCUGCGUCUCGUCCGAAACGCGUGACCGAAAGACGACGUCGCCACUCGCGUUUUUCAAACAAAUCGAAACGGUUUUCAUCACACACUUUCCGAUUCGGCCUUCUUCCUCUUACUACGCUCGCAACGGAUUUUCGACCACAAACUCCGUCGCUCUGUAGCUAUUAUAAACGUUAUUGAAAUUUAUGAUUUUGUGUAAUAUAUUAUGUGUAUAAAUUUUAUAUUUUGUUCUAUCGGAUCGAUAUGCAGAAACGAUCAAAAUCGAUUUAAGUUUUAGCCAAAUCGUUUAUCGAAACAUGUCAUCACUAUCGUACACACUGCGGGCCGACCCUGUCGAAAAAAUAAAAACGCGUAACCCACAGUAUCGUACGAUAGUGUUGAUAAUGCACAGCUGCAAUGUUAUGAAAUGAAAUAUUAUUAUAGCAAUUACAGUGAAUUACUCACGUAUGAUUACGACCAGGUACCUAUAAUUGUACGAUAAUUAUUGUUAAUUCGCGCCUUGCGAUUUCCACGAGUUAGAUAUACUCAGCCCAUAAACUUUCUACGAAGACGAACGAUCGAUGACCGGUUGACACGGUCGCGUGAAAUAUUAUUAUAAGUGUAAUGCGAUAAUAGUAACGGUCAGUUUCGAAAUGAUCCGAAAUGAAGAAGUGCCCAGAAUCAUCAACUAAGGGGGAGGGGUAAAUAUUAUAACUGUAUAUGAAUAAUAAUUAUUAAUUUAAACAAUUAGAUCGUAUAUACUGUAUUAUGGCUAAAACAUGCGUAAUAUAAAUAAUUAUCAAUACUAUAAUUACAAAUAAUAUGCAUUUGAACAACUCUAUUCAAUGAAUGCGUAAUUACAUAUUAUUAUUAUAUCUAUCAAGAUUAAUAAAAUACUAAAACCGUUUAGUGCAAUCGAUGACUUGCAAAAUCUGCCGGCGUAUCGACUUCACGUGCGAGAUUUAUUUUUCGAUGUGCGACAUGAUGACGUUUUCUAAUCACUUAAGCAAUUUGACCGGAUAAGUUUUGCUUGGCGAACGACCAGUGUGUAUCCGUUCGCUCUCAGUACCAGUGCCAAGUUGGUGAUUAAUCGUCACGCACGAGUAAUACAUAGUAAUCAAUAAUAGAAUCUAGCUGGACAAUUAUUAUUUGUCGACCGGGUCUAGGCAGGUAUUAUUAACUCAAUCCGAGGACCACGAGAUUCCUGUGAGAUACAUUGUUUAGCCUCGCGUAUCGAAAUUAAAUUAUUUUAUUUUAUACAUAAUACAGUACGAAUGUAUGAUAAUAAUAAUAUUCUAAAAUGUAUACAAUAGUAUUUGUUAUCAAAAUGCACAACAUUUAAAUCGGACCAUCUGGUUUACGCCAGAUUAGAACUGGUUUAUAAAUAUCCCAAUGUUAUUUUCCUGUGUUGGUAUGUUAUGCACAAACAGUAAAAAUCUGUAUUAUAUUUUUAGUAAGUAUAAUAUAAUAAUAUAUA